AUGCGUCGAGACGAGUCGGACCAGUCGGCAGCGCUCACCGCCGACUUUGCGCAGCGUAUGGAGGACUGCGGUAGCUCUUGCGACCAAUGCACGUGCAACCUGAGUGGGCCGUGUUGCAGGAGUUUGAGCGUAUGCGCUAAAGCGGCCUGGACGUGCUCAGUGCUUGCUUGCCAAGCCAGCUAUGACAAGGCGUGCAACGGCAGCCUCGUUGAUACAGUGGAGAGGGCUGAGCCCGUAGUCGUUGCCUCUUGCGAUGAGUUGAAGCAAAGGAGCGCCGCGUGCGACAAGUGCUCCUGUGGCCUGGCUGGGCUCUGCGCAGGCGCUUGCGGCGGCUGCUGCGUGUCAUUUGCGCUUCCGUGCGCCAAACGCGUAGCGCCCGUCUGUGAAGCAUGUCUUGAAAGGGUUUGCGGCUGCGGCGGUGCCGGUGGCGACCUUGCGCCGCAGCCAGGGUCAUUGCUGCGUGAACGCUACGUGCCUCGGCCCGAGCCCAAGUUUAUAGAGGUCCGUCGCCAGCGUGAAGGCUACACGUACUUGUAA